UCAAACUCCCCUCUUUUUAGUUCAUUUUUUUAAUACAUUGUAUGGUAAAAAGCUCAGAAAAAUGGUUCAAUUAUGAUCUUCUUGGCAGAGACCCAAUUCCGGGUUUUGGCUAUUUGGGAAAAAAAAAUUCUUUGAGAUGCGAUGCAAUCCCUGUUUCGAGUAUCAAUUACAUUGUCAAGCAAAGCCACCGAACGACACGCACUAUGCAAACACAAGCUUCUCUCUUACUUGCUAAACCAGUCAACAAUAACUCCCAAAAUUUCAUCGCCUGAUAGAGAUCAUAGCGCCAAUUCCAACCUCGCACGCUCCAAUUGGCUUAUCACGAGAUUGUGUAAAGAACGAAAAAUUAAUGAAGCACGACAAAUGUUUGAUAAAAUGCGUGAAAGAGAUGUUGUUACGUGGACAACUAUGAUCACUGGAUAUGUCAAAUGCGGGUUGCUUGCGGAAGCGAGGAGGUUGUUUGAUAGAGCUGAUGCGAUGAAAAAUGUGGUCACAUGGACUGCUAUGGUUAGCGUAUAUGUGAUACGGAAUCGUAUUUUUGAAGCCAAGAAGUUGUUUGAGGCAAUGCCAGUGAGGAAUGUUGUUUCAUGGAACACCAUGGUUGAAGGGUAUGCGCAAAGUGGGGAAGUAGAUAAGGCUCUUGAGUUGUUUGAUAGAAUGCCUGAGAGGAAUGUGGUUUCAUGGAACAUAGUGAUCACAGCAUUGGCACAAUGUGGGAGGGUGGAAGAGGCAAGAAGAUUGUUUGAUGAAAUGCCUAAAAGAGAUGUGAUUUCGUGGACAACAAUGGUGGCAGGAUUGGCCAAGAAUGGGAGGGUUGAUGAAGCCAGGGAGGUUUUUGAGAGGAUGCCAGAGAGGAAUGUGGUGUCAUGGAAUGCAAUGGUUACUGGGUAUGCGAAGAAUAAGAGGUUGGAUGAGGCUCUUGAUUUGUUUAAGAGAAUGCCUGAAAGGGAUCUGCCCUCAUGGAACACGAUGAUCACAGGCUUUAUUCAGAAUGGGGAGUUAGGGAAUGCAAUGAGGGUGUUCAAUAAGAUGCCUGAAAAGAAUGUUGUGUCAUGGACUACAAUGAUUACUGGGUAUGUCCAAGAGGGGGAAAGUGAAGCAGCAUUGAAGAUCUUUACGGAAAUGAUAAGGGAUGGUCAAGUGAAGCCUAAUGAGGGAACAUUUGUGAAUGUUUUGGGUGCUUGCAGUGACUUGGCAGGUCUUGGUGAGGGGCAACAAAUUCAUCAGAUGAUAAGUAAAACUGUCUAUCAGGAUAUGACUUUUGUUGUAUCUGCACUCAUAAAUAUGUACUCAAAAUGUGGCGAAUUGGGUUCGGCAAGGAAGAUGUUUGAUGAUGCAGCAACUCACCCGAGGGAUUUGGUUUCUUGGAAUUGUAUGAUUGCAGCCUAUGCACAUCAUGGGUGUGGAAGUGAAGCAAUUGAAUUGUUUAAUGAAAUGCGAUCUCUAGGGUUUAAACCUGAUGGUGUUACCUAUGUGGGGUUGCUCUCUGCAUGUAGCCAUGCUGGUUUGGUGGAGGAUGGACUAUCAUACUUUGAUGAGCUUCUGGAAGACAGGUCCAUACAAGUAAGAGACGAUCACUACACAUGUUUGGUUGAUCUAUGUGGUCGUGCAGGGAGGCUCAAGGAGGCUUUUGAUUUAAUUAAGCAGCUUGGAAUUAAGUCUUCAUCCUCCAUUUGGGGGGCACUUCUAGCCGGAUGUAAUGUCUAUGGGGAUCUGAAAAUAGGGAAGCUGGCUGCAGAAGAACUCGUGAAGGAAGAGCCAGAGAAUGCAGGCACUUACUUACUGUUGUCUAACAUAUAUGCUUCCAGUGGGAAAUGGGGAGAAGCUGCAAGAGUGAGGUUGAAAAUGAAGGAAAAAGGAUUGAAGAAGCAGCCUGGUUGUAGUUGGAUUGAAAUUGGGAAUAGAGUUCAUGUGUUUUUAGCUCGUGACAAGUCUCAUUAUCAGUCGAAUCUUAUUUAUUCUUUACUCCAUGAUCUUAAUGCGGAAAUUAAGAAGGCAUGGUAUGUAGCAAACAGCGAUUUUAUAGUAGAUGAGGAAUUUUAAAUAAUAUAGAUUUUACAAUUUUUUUGUGCUACUAAAGUCAAUUGAUAACUUGUAAGUUUGAUAUUUGAGCUGACAGUUUCAUCUUGUAGCCAGCGAUUUUCAUUGAUCAAGAAACAGGAUAAAUGUUGGUCAGUUGAUAGCUUAGGAGGAAAUCAAUAAUGUAAAGGUUGCAGAGGAAGUGUUAUUGUUUCUUCAGCAUUAUAACACUAAUUUCUUCAAUUUA